AUGUGGAAAUUCAGUCUGCAACAAAAUUGGACAAUUCAAGUAUCCAAAUUGUUGGCAUUAGAAAAUAAAGAAAUAUCAUAUUUUGAUAGUCCAGUUCUUACACCUUCACAAAUUAAAAAAUUUCAAAAAAUAUUUUCUCAAAAUACUAUUGAAGAAAAUAACGAAGAUCAAGAAGUUAAUGAAAAGUUAACUAUUAUCCUAGAUCAGCAAGAAAAAGAAGCAUUUAUUUAUAACCUUCGUACAACAGUUUGUUGUAAAGCUAAAACAUGUUUAGCCAAAAUUGAUCAUGAAUCCGCAUUUAAUAUUUUUGAUAAUGUUCGAAAAUUAUCAAAAGCUGAAUACAAUAUGCUUUUAUUAGGAAUGCUUCAUGCAAUGACUCGUUCUAAAGAAACUUUACGGGGUAAAGAAAAACAAUACCUAACUGUUAAAUAUACUUUUGACGGAAAAGAAAUUUGUGAAAAAGGAUUUCAAAUUAUAUAUUCAUUAUCAAAUAAAAAAUGGAAAAAUAUUCGUCAACAUUAUCAUAUAAGUAGUAUUAAACCUAUUAAAAAUGCCCUUUCAGGAAGAAAAUCUCAUAAUGCUUUGUCAUUUGUGACUAUUUUAAAUGUUCUUACAUUUAUCGUUAACUUUGCAAACUGUAAUGGAUUGCCGUCACCAGGCCGGCAUUUUCGAGAAGACACUAUGGCCAUUACAUUUCUUCCUGCUAAUGAAAGUUAUUCUGGACUAUGCCAUACUUAUCAAUCAAAUUUAGAGGAAGAUUCUGAUCACCAUAUUAGUCAAUCAUCUUUUAUGCGAAUUUGGAAAAAAUAUGUACCAGAAAUUCGCUUUUUAUCUUCUAGAAGUGAUCUCUGCAUGCUUUGUAAAAAUAUGCAGUUUAAUACUCAAUAUUGGACAGAAAAUAAACGAGAUUAUAAUAUUCAAGAAUGGAAUAAUCAUAUUAAAUGGGCGAAUCAAGAAAGAGAAUUUUAUAAACAAUGCAUAUUAAAUACCAAACAGCAAGUAAAAAAUAUUAUCAAUUUAUCGAAGCUUUUACGUCUGGUGAAACCGAAUUCUUUGGAAUUAGAGAACCAUAUCUUGUGGGACUUCACUGAAGCUGUACAUCUUCCAUUUUCUUCACAACAAGAAGUAUAG